GACCCUUCUUCUGGGGAGCAGGACGUGAGGUUACCCCAUACCAACCUCGAGGGCUUCUGCCCUGUUCCUUGGAGCUUCUUGUUGAGUCAUUGGUAGGGACUGAACAGACUGAUUGUUCUUGGCUGAAUAACACCUGCACCCCCUUUUCCAUCCCCAAAGGAGCAGAAGCUAUAGUUUCCAUCAGGUCCCUUUUUGUUUGCUUCCUCCCCCAUUAAUAAGAGAUGAAGCUUAUGAGAUAAUAGAGCUGGGAUGGAUGCAGAACCGAGAGAUCCUGAUCAUAUGGGGUGUGGAUGCAAUGUGGAGAGGGAACCACAGCUGAGCAAAUGGGACUUGGGGAAGGAUGUCAUUUUGCAUGUGCACAGAGCAUCUCAGGCUGGCUUGGGAAGCAGGGAAAUCCCACCACUGCCACGUGCCAGACUCUGUUCUGGCUCUGACAUACUGUGCAAGCUACAACUCGCUGCCAGGCUGAGCUUUGGAGCGAGCAGCUCUCAGCCAGAGUGGUCUGAGAGUCUGACUCCUCUUCCUCCCAUCCUUGCACCGAUCCUUGUCUCCUCCCCUGUGUGGAGCCAGCGGGAGAGGAUGCCCAGGGAUGCAGGACACGCCGUGCCUGAGAGCUGAUGCCUGGGGAUGCAGGAUGCUCGCAGUGCCGGAGGGCUGGUGCUCGGGAAUGCAGGAUGCUCGAAGUGCCGGAGCGCUGUUGCCACAGGGAUGCAGGACACUCGCAGCACUGGCUGGCCGGAGCGGAUGAUUGAUGCCCGGGGAUGCAGGAUGCUCACAGUGCUUGACAGUGAGAGCGGAGGGCUGAUGCCCAAGGAUGCAGGAUGCUCUCGGUGCCGGCUCUCAUCCGGAAGAAGCAUCCUUCCCUGCUCUUGGAGAGAGGCGGCCCUGGGAUGCAGCAGUGCCUCAUUGGUCAGCGGGACCUGUGGAGUCUGCGGGUUGCCAUACCAACCUGCCUCUGGUUCCCGGCCAGCCGGGGCGUGAAGUGCCGGGUCGAGCUGGUGGCAAGGGGCGGACCAGGAGCCAGGGGCAACCCGGGACUCUGCCAGCCAGGGAGGCAUCCAUCUGCCUCUCCCGGAGAGCUAGCUGGCACCGCUGGGCUCUCCAACCCCGAGCAUCCCCCUGCUGCUACUCCCCACCUCUCCCUGCAACUUUGCUGUGCGGAGGGGGCCAGCGGGCUGGCACGGCACGGGGGCGUUCACCCGGGCAUCCUGCUCCCUCUCCGAGCUUGUGGUCAGCUUUUGUGAGCCUAAGCCCUGGGAGGGGCAUCACCGCCGGCCCCCCGGCCCCUCUGGAUUGCAGCCAGCCUGCACAGGAGCAUCCCAGCACAAAACUUCCCGGCUGGUUGCCUGCUGCCUGCGAGCAGGGCCUGGCAGCUGCCGCGCUGCCAGUGCCCCCGCUGCCGGGCUGGACCUGCUGCCGAUGCCCGCAGGCUCGCUCCGGGCAAGGAAGGCUCAGUCUUCCCCCGGGCACAGCCUGCUGCUCGGAGGAGCUGGGGGGCUGUUUGCUGGCCGGGAGGGGGUGAGACUUGGUCCCUCCCCAGCGCUGUGAGCUGGAGCCAUGAGCCACUGCCAGCAGCGCUGCAAGAGGCAGCUGGGCCGGGUGAUCCGCUUCUUCUACCAGUUUGUCACCGGGACCCUCUCCCAAGGCAACCCGCCGGGCCAAACUAAAAAAGCGCUGAAGCAGCGAUUCCUCAAACUGCUGCCCUGCUGCCGGCCCAAAUCCAUCCCCUCGCUCAGCGAAAACAGCGUUGAGGAUGAGUUUGAGCUCUCCACCGUCUGCCACCGCCCCGAGGGGCUGGAGCAGCUCCAGGAGCAGACCAAGUUCACCCGCAAAGAGCUGCAGGUCCUGUACCGAGGCUUCAAGAAUGAGUGCCCGAGUGGCAUCGUCAAUGAAGAAAACUUCAAGCAGAUCUACUCUCAGUUCUUCCCACAGGGAGACUCCAGCACCUACGCCACCUUCCUCUUCAAUGCCUUUGACACCGACCACGAUGGCUCCGUCAGCUUCGAGGACUUUGUGUCUGGGCUGUCCAUCAUCCUGCGGGGCACCAUUGACGAUCGCCUGAACUGGGCCUUCAACCUCUAUGACCUAAACAAAGAUGGCUGCAUCACCAAAGAGGAAAUGCUGGACAUCAUGAAGUCCAUCUAUGACAUGAUGGGCAAAUACACCUACCCGGCCAUGCGGGAGGAAGCGCCCCGGGAGCACGUGGAGAACUUCUUCCAGAAAAUGGACCGAAACAAGGAUGGUGUGGUGACAAUCGAGGAGUUCCUGGAGUCCUGCCAGAAGGAUGAGAACAUCAUGCGGUCCAUGCAGCUCUUUGACAAUGUGAUUUAGCUCCCGGACCUGCCUCCAGCUGAGCUCUCUUGCCACCAGGCCCAGAACCUGCUUCUCUCGACUUUUCCUUCGAGCCUCCCCUCUGCCGGCUGCACAGACACCCCCACGGGAAGGGACCUCCCUUCCCAGAGAGGCGGUCGGCGCCGGGAUCUUCCCUUCCACCUGGGCUGGCUCUGCUUUACUUGGGGGAUCCCAAGCAGGUGCCUCUGGACGUCAGAGCAUGGGCACAGCUGGCACGGGGAGAGCAUUUGGCCUGGAUGGACCUCCCUGCACCCGUUCCUGGCAGGGAAGCCGCAGCUUUGGGCUGUGGUAGAGGUUUCCCCUGUGCACAGCACCCCAUGUAGCCACGGCUCUCCCAGCCCUAACCCUCCCCAGCCCUGGGAGCCCCCAGCACCGGUUGCAGCCCAAACCCCCCAGCGAUGCUGUCUAGAAACCAAUAAAGUCUUGCAAUGGGCGCCAGUGCCUCGGCUUCCUCCCCUGCCCCGGCCAUGCCCUGCUGCAGAGAGUGUGUCUGGCAUGUUGGCUGUGAGCCGCCAGCCACCCUCCUUGCCCAGUCCCUGGGCCAGUGGGUGGGCAGAGGGGCCAUGCCUGAAGAAGGCAGCUGCACAGGCGCUGGGGAUUCAUCACUGCAUGAGCUGUGGGGAGCAGUCCCUGAUCCUAGGGGGCCCAGUUAGACCAAGGAGGCUCAUCCUGACAUGGGAAGAGGGGAGACUAAAGGGACCCCAAGGUGCCUUCUUGUGGCACUGAUCUCCCAGGAUGGAGGAUGCUGUGCUGGAAGAGCUGCAACCUCAGCCCCUGUCCCUUGAGUUUGGGAUGCUGGCACACAGGGAUCCUCAAGGACCCACUUUGAGGUUCCAGUGGAGAGACACCAUUCAAAACCCUCUCUGAGGACGUGGCAGCCAGGGUACAGAGACACAUGGAGGAAGGAAGUGUGCUGAGCUCCGGCGGCCACCCUGGCCCUUGGGCCUCACAGCCACACUCCUGGCAUCGUUUGCUGCUGAUCUUCCCCUUCUCCCAUACCCUGGCCUGUCCCAGCCCAUCUGUUGUCCCUGCAAUGGGGCAGAGAGGUGUCCCCUGUGCUGGGAGGCACAGCUGAGCUGGCAGCUCCUUGGGGAGAAAGUUGAGCCUGGCCAGAAGUUGUUGCUGUGCUGACAGUGAGCUGGAGGGUCACCUUGGGGCAGGGCAGGCUCAGCCCUUUCUCCUGGCAUGGCCAUGUGAGAGCCUUCCUGGGGAUCCCAGGGAUGGAGCCAGCUAUCACAGCUCCUCAGAGCUGGGCGUGUGCAGGCAGGCCUGUCCUGCCCACAUAUCCUUCUGAGAUGUAGCUGGGACUGUGAUGCCCAUGGGCUAAUGACCCCAUGUCAACCCCAGAAGCCCCUCUGUGCAAUCCCACAAGCAUUGGGAACAUACCCACCACCUGCAGCUGCUCCAGCCUCUGCAUCCUUAGCAGUAAAGGGCAAUUGGGGCGGGCCAGAGCUGCGGUGUCUGGGAUCAGUGGGGAAGGGGCGAGCAAGGCCAGUACCAUGCUGGACUAGGCCCCAGACCCAAGCUGAGCCCCUUGUGUGGAAGCCGUGAGAAAUCCCCCCUGAGGGCCCUGAGCCAAAGCUACAGGACUGCUCCCCAGUGGGACCAUCCCCAGCCCAGCCCUUGCAGACAUGAUGUGUUUUUAAGGCUCAUUCAACACACUGUUCAUCUCACAGUCCUGUUCCUGGGUUUGCUGUGGGGCUGAGCUCCCACUUGCAGUCUCCCAAGAGUGGGAGGGCGGGUAUCCUGACCCUUACCCCUCCUGUCUUCUUCUCCCUGUCCUCCCUCCUCCCAGGCUCUUGGGGGUACCCACUGACCCCGAGCAGAUGCCGCUGCCACCCUCACGCUGCAGGUCGCAUGGCGUGACCCCCUGCUCCAGGGCAUGGUGACCCACAACCCGCUUGGCAUCUCCAGUCUGUAUAUUUUGUAUUAUAACAAUAAUAUGGGUUAAAAAAAACAAAAACAAAACAAUAAAAACUAAC